UGCAGUUUGGUGAUUUCCGUAAUCUACUUCCUAUCCACCUCCAACGUCUUUUCCUGAUUUCCUCUCCAGAUGGAAAGUGGUUUGCUCUAUCCCACAGUAGGCUACUGCUGAUGGUAUCUGGUCAAGGGACAUUGAGUAUCUUACAUAGACACUUGUUUAUAAAUACUUACACUUUUUCGAAUAUGGUUUUAGUAGUUCUCCCCAUUUGAGUUGCGCACAAUAUAAUUGUCUUGAUGUUCGUAUUGAAUAUUGUGACUUUAAUAUUGGUUGACAGUUGUUUUGAGUUCCAUAUUUUGUUGAAGUGUAGGAAUGUUGUCUUUGCUUUGUCGAUCCUUGCCUUCACAUUUACAUUAGAUCCUCCUUAUUUAUCAAUGAUGCUGUUGAGAAAUGUGAAACUUUCCACCUCUUCCAGAAUUUUUCCAUGAAGUGUGAUUAGGUUGGUGCUGUUUGUGGUGUAUUUGAGGACUUUAAUUUUUCCGUUGUGUGUGUUGAGGCAUAGUGAUGCAGAAGUUUCUACUACACUGGUUGUGUUGACCUGCAUUUGUUGGUCUGUAUGGGAUAAAAUGGUCAAGUCAUCUGUGAAGUCCGAGUCGCCUAGUUGCAUUCAACCUUUUUUAUUGUAUUCUGUGCUUCCCCUCAGACGUGGUGGUCUUCAUAACCCACUAAACCACCAGAAGAAAGAGAGAGUAAGCAGCCCUGAAUGACUCUGAUCCUCACUUAGAAUGCGUCUGUCAGCUAUCUUCCAUGCACGAAUGUUCAGUGUGAUCCAUCGUAUGAAUUCCGAAUGAUGUUGACGAUCUUCUCAGCUACUAUUUCCAUAAUGUCGAAGAAUGUUCCAUAAGCUUCUCCUAUGCACACUAUCAAACGCUUUCUCCUAGUCAAGGGAGUUGAUGCUUAGUGAGGAGUUUCAUUCAAAUGAUUGUUCAAUGGCCGUCGGUGCUAUCGCAAUUUGGUUUGUACAGAACCUAUCCUUACGAAAUCUGGCCUGUUGACCUGUAGGAUGAGCGUCUACUGAAUCUUUCAUCCGGUCCAGCAACACUCUGUUGAAAACUUUUCCUGGUACCUAUAAUAGUGUGAUGUUUCUGUAGUUCUCAUAUUUGCUCAGAUCUCCUUGCUUUCUUAGCUUCAUAUCCUUGGUAUGCUUGUUUUCGAACUGUCGGCACUUGUUCCUCCUCUAAAAUCUUCUCGAAUAGAACGUGGGUAUGUUUGCAAUUACUUCUUUGUCUGACUUUCGUGCUUCGGUUGGUAUAUCGUCAGGUCCUACUGCUUUCACACUCUUGAUUUGUCUGAUAACCAUUCUGAUAUGUUUGAUCGUUGGUGGAGUGACAUCUAUAGUAAGGUCUGUGUGUGUGCUUCGAUGUCCGGUAGAUUUAAUGGAGCUGGCUUAUUCAAGAGUUCCUCAAAGUGUUGUACCCACGUAUUUCUCUGUUCUUGAGUCUCAGUGAUUUUCUUGCCUUCUAUGUCGUCAACUGGUUGCUCUGACUUACUAUAUUUCCCUGUUAGUUUCUUCGUUGUAUCAUAUAGUUGUUUGGUAUAUCCUUCUGUUGCUGCUUUUUCUGUUGUCGUUGCUAGGUCUUCGUCGUAUUUCUGCUUCUCAACUCUAAUACUUCUCUUCACUUGACUGUUCGCUUCUAUGUAUUCAGCUUGUGUCUGAUUAUCUGUGCUAUUGUUUGACUGUUGUUAAUUGAUGUCUUCUUGUUCUCCCUUUCUUAAAUCUUGCCUAGAGAUCCAUUCUUUAUGGUGAUGGUUCUUGUGGCUUAGAACCUCCUGACAUGGUGAAGCUAGUACUUUUUUGGUCUCUUUCCACUUGUCCUUCAUAGUAAUUUCUUCUUCUUUGAGUCGAUCGUGCAAGGCUUGGGACCUGUUGUUGAGAACUGUCUUGAAUUGGUUGAGUUUGUCAGUAUAUCGAAGGAAGGGUGUAUUGAACUUUUGUAAUGCUGUUUCCUCAUUGUCGAUUGCUUUUUAGCUUCACUUUCAUCUUGACAACCACUAAGUGUUUGUCGGGUAAUAUUGUGCCGCCUAUAAGCAUUCUGUUGAAUGCGAAUCUGUUACCAUUCUCGUUCCUUCCUCUCAUUCAAUCCAUGUCGUCCCAUGAUAUCUUCAUACUCGGUGUUGUCUAUUCCGACUUUGGAGUUUAGAUCUCCCAUAAGGAUGGUCAGGUUUUUUUCUGAGCACUUUGAUAUAAUCGAUCACUGCCUCUCGGUAAAUUGAUCUUUAACAUAUUUGUUGCUAUGAUAGGUGGGUGCAUUACAUUGGAUAACAUUCAUGUGAUCUCUAUCCUCUUUGUUCUGAAAAGCUCUGUGAUUAUCUUAGAUCCAGAAGAUUCCCAUAUUAUAAGCGCCUUUUGUACUUUUUUGGUUAUCAUUAGAGCAAUUCUCUGAAUGUGCGAAGCAUUCUUUUCUUCGUGACCCGAUUAUAAUAGCAUCUCCUUCACUCUUGUCUUUUCUGUUCAGCUUAGGUCUAAUGUGUUUCACUGAUUCUGCGCACCGCCACGUUGUAUAUCCUCAUUUCCGCACCUAUUCGACUGGUCCUCCCAGUCACUUUCGUUGUCUGAACAUUCAGUGUGCCUGUAAUAAUUGUCGCUCUGUUUGCUAAGAUGGAUAUUGGCCUUGUGACUUCCGAAGGACUUCGGCUUUCACCAUGAUUCGUCACUAUUCUUCUAUAUGUAGGUCGUUCAACUCCCAGGACAGAGUAUUAAUUGUCCAAAUUUUUUUUUUCUGGUUAGCGUACUUUUUAGCAAGUUUGUUUUCUACGGGAUGGUUCUGGUGAUUCCAUGCCAAACCAUCCUACUUUACCUGAGUUUGGGACUGACAGUAACCCUAGAUGAGCUACAGGCGGAGUUGGUAAUAAAAAUACUCCAACAUAAUCUUAUUUGUGACUUGCUCGUCUCAAUUCUCUUCCCUGCUAACACAAGGUGUAUUAACUAUACUUGUUAUUUAGGCAUUAUUGAUUAUUCUCACCUCAUUGAUUAUAAAAUAUACUUUUCAUCUUUCAAAUAACAUGACUGACACUUCUAACGCCUCAGAACUAAUUACUGAAUAAGUGCUGCUUCCAACGCAGAUGAAAACUUCGAUUGAUUGGUUGGGAAAUCAAUCUAAAUGUUUUGUUUGACAUAAUAUAUCUUUGACCAAGAAGUUAACAGUAUAAUAAAACAGGACAAAAUCAGACUGGACUGAAGUUAUUUAUUUUCGAAAUCCUUUGUUUUUUUAUAACUGGCAAUCUAUCGUAAUCGUUCAACAUGAUGCUUUUAAGAAAUUUAAAGUGUUACUUGUUCUCUUAAACUAUUAUCAUCAGAAAAUGUUUACAACUCAUCUGGUGACCAUGAUUGAUUAACAUUUUCCUCACUGUCAUAUAUUCAUCGCAUUUUAAUUAAGAACCAUAAUAUUGUUGAUUAUUUCUAGAUAAUGAAUUACUUAAUUUAUGGUUGGGAACGCGACUACUUUUAUACGGUUGCCAUCAAACUGCUGAGUUAUAUACCCUUCUAGGUACUGUAAGAGAAGCACGUGUAUAUCAAAAUGAGUUAUUAUGCGUCGGCCAACGGUUUCACUUAUGCAGCUAUACACAAAUUGCUCUCAACUUAAUGGCACAUCUAGAUAUGUUUGCUCAACGUCAGUGGGCUUUUGAAUUGCGUCUUCGACAGCUAAAUCAUAUUGCAACAUGUCAAGUGUCUCUUGAGGAACUAGUCACUAAAAGAUCUAAACAAAAUUUAAAAGUGAAUUCGAAUUCAAAAACUACCACGGAAGUUGAUGAAUCUGCUUUUAUUCAUUCUAAAACAUUUCCCAAUCAAUCUCUAUACAAUGGUAACAAUCAAUUGGUGAGAGACAUGACGGUAGUAAAUUCUUUGUCUAACGAUUCAUUUUCCGAUGGUUCUAAUCCUCUUUUGUCUGGCUACAAUAGACCAUUCAGUUCAAUUUUUUCUAGUAGUCCAACACGACGUACACAUUUUAGUAACAAAAGUGAAGCAGUUGAUGCCUAUCCAAGUGCUAUCCAAAUCGCUUCAGCGAUUGCCGGACAACGACUUACCUCAGAAUGGAAUAAGUGGUACAAUAAAGGAUUCUAUAUACCUCACACUGUUGAUUUUACCUUUGAAUCUGUAAGCAAGUCCUUUCUGAGUGUUGGUGGCUUACCGCUAGGAACCUGUGUUUGCUUAAUCCUUAAUGGGGUUUCCUGGCCUUGGUUGUUUAACUUGACUCAGGUAGUUCGAAAUGAACUGUUACCAUCCUCUCAUUUUUUACCUGCUUUGUACGCUGUUCCAUCGGCGCAUGUUAAAGGAGCUGUAAAAUCUCGUAAUCAUGGAGAGCCUAAUAAAAAUAAAGAUCUCAUAGAAGCUUUUUCGUCGCUCAGUAUCACUCCUACGGAAAAGUCAUCAGAGACAUGGAAUAAUAAGAUUGAAAAAUCGUCAUCACCUCAAAUCCAGUCAAAGGAAGAUUUUCACACCGGCAAACAGUUACCACCUCCCGUACCUAAACCAAAUGCUCCCCGUCGUCCAGCAGAAAGCCGAAACAAAACUAGUUCAAAUAUUUCACCACACAACAGAAGUCGCUAUCAAUCAUCCCGUCACCAACAGGUUGAUAAAACCACUAAAAUUAAUGAAGCACCUAUAGAAUCUACAAUACAGACUAGACGCUGUGAUAAUCCUUUAACGAAUAAUGAUAUUGUUUUAGAUAGUCAUGAAGCAGACAAUGAAAUAUUAAUACCAUUGCUUGGUUAUGCCUUCCGAAAACCAGCUAAUUCUCAACCUCUGGAAAUAUAUUGCGACCAUUUGUCCAAAAAUAAAAAGGUUUUGAGUAGAAGAGAAAACAAAAAUACAGGCUCGGGCAAAAGUCAUACCGUAGUCCUAGACCCAGUGGAAUCUUGUUCUUCCUUAAUUGAUGCUCCUUUGCGUCCACGCAGCGUCAGGUUAGCGUCCAAAUGGGCUGCUAAUCAAAUCAAAACUAAAUUGGUCAAUACAGUAUGUGAAGAAGAUCCUCUGUUAUCGGAGAAUACAGAUCAGAUGAGUCAGAUUUCUAAUAAUAUGGCUACACGUUUGUAUGGCGCUUAUCAGCAACUAUCCAGCUUUCCAGUCCCAAAUCUUUUACGUCCUAUAUGCCAGUGGCUGGGUAUUUAUUGGUUAGGAAAAGGCGAUCAACUACAAGCGGGAAGAUUUUUAUCUCAAGCUAUCGGUAUUGGACCCACAACCCUGUACUUAUCUAUCUUAAGUUCUCGGAUAAUUCAUUUAAAGUCCUCUGAUUCUCAAGAUUCUGUUUCUGAUCGCAAAAAACAUUAUAACUGGUUCCCUAUUUUGAAUCGAGUGAUGACUGUUUGUGCUCCUAAUAAUUUUCUAGUAAAAAAUGGAAAUCAGAUGCCCACUUGUGGAAAGCUUAUUCAUUGUGACGAUAAUAGUUCACUCACGGUUCGGGUUAUUCAACUCUGUCUUGUUGAUGAACUCAGCUGCAAGUUUUCUAAUUUAAUUGAUAAAAGUGAUGAUAUUUACCAUCACAAUAUUUCUCCAUACGGACUCGGUGCUCGUUCUGGAGGUUACUUACUAGUAUCGCGUUAUACGGGUGUUUCUGGUCAAUCUCUAAAUACAUUUGAAGUGGAGACACGUGUUAUGCAUGGAUUCACUCAUUCUGGUUUCAAAUAUAUGGAUAGUUUUGACGAAAUUCAGACGGAGAGCCUUGAUUCAAUGGCUAUUGAAGAUCGUGCUAAUUACUGGCGUACACGGUAUAACUUGAAUGAACGACUAGAAAAUUUACUUAUUGAAAUGCGUCGUGAAUGGUUUACUAGAGAUGAUCUAGAUUGGUUAUUCAGUCGAGAGGAACAUUGUCGUAACAAUGAACUCAAAAAUGAUUAUAACCCUGCUUCUGUAGUCAUUAUUCCGGAUCGGCGACUAAUUUAUUUACCUUGGGAAUGGAUACUAUGGGAUCGUAAUCCAGGUUCGUGUAUCCCAACAAUGACUCGUAGCUUCAGCUUACCUUUAGUUGUAGCUCACUUGGCAACUCAGUUUAUGCCUUAUCAAAAUAUUGAGACUAACACUUCUCCCAAUGCUGAGCAUAUGAAAUUAUGUUCUUUUAAUCCUGAGCGUGCAUUUUAUAUCCUUAACCCAGAAUCCAACCUACCCUCUACUCAACAAACCUUUGAACCGAUAUUUCGCAACCUAUCCAGUUGGACAGGUGUCACUGGAAAGAUUCCAACUGUAGAGGAGGUGAACAAUGGUUUCACAAAUCAUGAUCUUCUAAUAUUUCUGGGUCAUGGUAACGGUUCACAGUUUCUACUUCAUACUUUCAAUCAAGGUCUCAGUGCACGCUCCGUUGCCUUGAUUCUUGGCUGUAGUUCCGGUAAACCUCGCAGCGUUGGAAGACAUGAACCUUAUACUUCACUCUUUAAUCAUCUUAUUGCUGGAUGUCCUUUUGUUUGCGGAUUGUUAUGGGAUGUUACUGAUCGGGACGUUGAUAGAUUUACUUUAAAAUUCCUGACUAAUUGGCUGGGUAAAGAUGGUUCUGAUGACGAACAUGAUGCAAAACCACGUGAAACUUUAGGACAGUCCAUUUUUAACGCAACAUCUGCUUGUAAACUGAAGCAUCUUGUUGGAAAAUCAGUCAUUGUUUAUGGGAUCCCCUCUGAACCUGAAAGAAAGUCACUUCUGAAAUUUCCAUCCUCACUUGUUAGAAAAUGAAUUGGAUUUUUCAAAAUUUGACUUAUUAUCUUGAAGUUAUUGUACAUUACCUGAAUCAUGUAGAUUAAUUCUAAUGGACGUUCUGCUCUGUUUAUGUAUAGUCCUCAAAUCUUGGACCUUUUUUCGCUUUGGUCGGCCGUUUGUAAAUGUGUUUAAGUUUUUGUCUAACAUAUUUUUGCCUACAUCAUAG